AUGUCUGAGUUCAACAUCACAGAGACGUACCUAAGGUUUCUAGAGGAGGAUACCGAGAUGACAAUGCCGAUUGCUGCCAUUGAAGCGUUGGUCACAUUGCUGAGAAUAAAAACACCCGAGACGGCGGCAGAAAUGAUUAAUACCAUAAAGAGCUCCACGGAGGAACUUAUUAAAUCUAUUCCAAACUCGGUAUCUUUGAGAGCCGGCUGUGACAUCUUUAUGAGAUUUGUCUUGAGGAAUCUUCAUUUAUAUGGUGAUUGGGAAAAUUGUAAACAGCAUUUGAUUGAGAACGGUCAACUUUUCGUAUCGAGAGCGAAGAAAUCCCGUAAUAAGAUUGCAGAAAUAGGGGUGGAUUUCAUAUCUGAUGAUGAUAUUAUCUUAGUACAUGGUUAUUCAAGAGCCGUAUUUUCGUUAUUGAACCAUGCAGCAAAUAAGUUCAUCAGGUUUAGAUGCGUGGUGACAGAAUCAAGACCAAGUAAGCAGGGGAACCAGUUGUAUUCUUUGCUUGAACAAAAGGGCAUACCUGUUACUCUUAUUGUCGAUAGUGCGGUUGGGGCGGUAAUCGAUAAAGUCGACAAAGUAUUUGUUGGUGCUGAGGGGGUGGCAGAAUCUGGUGGUAUUAUAAAUCUUGUAGGUACUUAUUCUGUGGGUGUGCUAGCACAUAAUGCAAGAAAACCAUUCUAUGUGGUCACUGAAAGUCACAAGUUCGUCCGUAUGUUUCCAUUGUCUUCCGAUGACUUACCUAUGGCUGGUCCUCCAUUAGAUUUCACACGCCGUACGGACGAUGUAGAAGACGCAUUGCGUGGGCCCACUAUCGACUACACCGCUCAAGAAUACAUCACAGCAUUGAUCACAGACUUAGGGGUCCUGACUCCGAGCGCCGUUUCAGAAGAGUUGAUCAAGAUGUGGUAUGACUGA